AUGUGGUUAGACGAGGCGGACGGCUUUGCUGAGAUAUUUAAAGGCUAUCUGCCUUAUUACUUACUCGUGGCUCUACCUAUUUUUAUCAUAAUGUCUCCUGUGAAUCCUGUAGCCGCUUCUCACGAGUUUUCCGUGUAUAGAAUGCAGCAAUACGACCUCCACACCGUUCCUCAUGGUUGCCGUAGUGCAAGUUUCAACCUGGAAGGCCGUUCCCUGACAUCCUGGAGUACCUCCCGGCACUGUGUAGUAGCGCGUAUUCAAGACAUCACUAUUGAACAGUUCCUUGAGAUCAGAAACAAAGCUGGAGCAUUAUUACUCGUGCUACCUAAGAAUGAUACAGUGCUUACCAAGGAGGAAAAAGAGCACAUCCAACUCCUGGAAAUGGCAAUGAUCCAACAAGAAAUCAGUGCUCCAGUGUACUUCGCACAGUGGACUCCAGAUUUCGAAGACAUUCUCAAAGACUUGCAGCAUAGUUUCAUCACUGAUGAUCGGUCAGGCACUGCUUUGGAAGCCAUGUUCAAAACCGUUUCUUCAAAUGGAUACCAGAUUGUGGUAUCAUCAUCAGCGCCUCAAAAACUGGAGUCUAAGUCGCUAACACUGCACGGUAAGCUGGCUGGCCGGUCCGGUGCUGCGCAAACCAUCGUUAUCGCCGCGCAUUAUGACUCCGCAGGAGUUGUACCGGAACUAUCUCAAGGCGCUGACUCAAACGCAUCAGGUGCUGUGGCAGUACUGGAAUUAGCUCGUAUUUUCUCUCGCCUUUACUCCUCCGCGUCAGUUCGUGGGGGCGCGUCACUUCUCUUUGUCUUGUCUUCCUCCGGACACUCGCUGAAUUAUUUUGCCAUUAAGAAGUGGCUUGAAGAGCAACUGGAUUCCACUGACGCUUCUUUAUUACAAGAUGUUUCGUUCGUAAUGUGCCUGGACUCGAUAUCUUCGGCGCCGUCCCUGACGAUGCACGUGUCGAAGCCGCCGGUUGCGGGUGGCGCCGCUGAUAACCUUCGAACCCUGCUGGGCGCGCCUGUCAAUCACAAGAAGAUCAACCUGGCCGACGAAGUGCUGGCCUGGCAACACGAGAGAUUCAGCAUCCGAAGAAUGACUGCUUUCACGCUCAGCGCGUUACAGAGUCACAAAGAGCCGUCGCGCAGCUCGGUGCUGGACACGGCGACGGAGGCAGGCGCCAGGCACCUGGCGGCCAACGUGGCGCUGAUUGCGCGGGCGCUGGCGGCGCACAUCUACAACCUCACCGACGAGACGCCCCGGCGGCAAGCCGACGCCGAUAGCGAACACGCCGCUCUUUACGACGAGGCGCUGAGUGUAGAGGAGUCGUCGGUGAAGCUAUGGUACAAUUAUUUGUCGUCACAGUCAAGGGCCCCGCAAAUUGUCACUACCAACUUACCUAACGGCGGCGUGACUGGAGCUCUCGAACGAGCCCUAUCCCGAUACAUGGAAGUGACAGUAAGCAGCCACGCGGUGGACAAGCGCGAACCCGAGUAUACGCUGUACGGGCCCACGAGGGCCACCCUUUAUGUUUAUAGUGUAAAACCGGCAGUGUUCGAUCUGAUACUCACACUGGCUAUCGCUGCGUACUUAGGGUUAAUAUACCUCGCGUUGCAAUUUUUCCCGAGGUUCUACAAGGAGUACACUAAUAUUCUCGUCGGCAGACAGAAGGUACAAUAGAUUAGCUAAGUACACGAUGUUUCAGAACUUGCAAUGAAACUUUAAGGGUUUAUUUCUUUUAUUGAACUAUAUCGCUUUUAUUGUACCAAUGUUUUAAAAGCACUUCAUUCUGUAGAAAAUUUAAAGAAAUACAAAAAGUCAAUCAUACGGCUUUAAUAUCACGUAAUAUAAAGCACUAAAUUCAAAUUGGCCAAUCACGCGGCUUUAAUAUCACGUGUCAUGUAGUAAGAAUCAAUCGGACCAACCACAUGGCAAUUACCUAUGACGUUGUUAAUUUGAAGGGGACAAUAAUGUGUUCCUUUGGCACUAAUGGAAUUAACUUGUCUUUUUUUACGAAACAAAUUAUUACAUUACACGAUUUUGUGUUUUGUUAUUUAUAUUGGAGUGUAAAUUACUUAAUUUUGUGAAAAUUAUAUGUCUAUUAGAGCUCAUUUAAAUCGGUAUAAUAGCAAAAGUAGUUAAAUAGGAAUCGAGAAAUAGAAGAAAUGCUUGAGUGUAAAAAAAGCCCUUACAGUUUUAUUUCAGUUUUGUUACAACCUGUAUAGUGGAAUUCGGUUCAUUGUUGGCAUAUAGGGUCUACCACAAGUUACAUACAGUCUUAUUUGAAUACCAAAACUUCACAUUCAAUAUUGAAAAAGAUGCUAAUUAAAUGCCUUAAAUGAAUUGAAUUCGGCAUAUACCAAAAAGUCAUAAUUUCUAAGCUUUGAACAACUUAGAGUAAGUUGUAGUUAGGGUCAAACGUCAUUGAUCAGGAGUUUAUCAGCACCGCACGUAUGCUUAUAAUGUAAU